AUGGCCGAUUUUGGAGAGAUCCUGAGUAACAUUGGAGAAUUUGGAUUAUUCCAGAAGUUGACUUUGUUUGCACUUUGCUUUCCAAAUGUCAUGCAGUCUUUCUUCAUAGCAAGCUUUGUUUUCAUCCAGUCCGAUCCAGAGAGACACUGUAACACAGACUGGAUCCUCAGUGCUGACUCUAACUUGACCACAGAUGAGCUGCUGAACCUGACUCUUCCCCGGGAGGAGGACGGGACCUUCAGCAGGUGUCAGAUGUUUGUUCCUGUGGACUGGGACAUCGGUGCCAUCAAGGAGUAUGGACUCAAUGAGACCGCAGGGUGCCAGAAUGGAUGGGUUUACUCCAACACCCUGUAUGACGCCACCAUAGUCACUGAUUUUGAUCUAGUUUGUGACAAAACUAACUUGAUGGAAUUGAUCCAAACAAUGUUCAUGGCGGGCGUUCUUGUUGGUUCCCUCAUAUUUGGACCCUUUGCUGAAUCGUUUGGUCGCAAGCGGGCAACUCAAAUUCCAGCAGUCAUAAUGUUCAUAUUUACUGUAACAGCAGCACUAUGCCCCAAUGUUUACUUCUUAUUAGUAUGCCAGUUCUUGGUUGGAAUUGGAGGUGGAGGAUAUCGAGUCAACUGUAUUAUACUGUCCACUGAGUGGAUUGGGGCGUCCAAAAGAUCAUGGGGAGCAUGUGUGACUCAGCUAUUUGGUGCACUGGGCCAGUGCAUCCUCGCUGGUGUGAUCUACUUCAUCAGAGACUGGAGACUGGCUCAACUAAUCACAGCAGCUCCACUUGCAGUUGUUGCUAUUUACAUAUGGUUUAUUCCAGAGUCAGCCAGGUGGUUGUUAAGCAGAGGGAGGACAGAAGAGGCUAAGCAGCUGAUUGUCAAGGCAGCAUUCAUCAACAAACGCACUGUUCCAGACUCUCUGUUGGAAAAGCCCUGGUUCUACCAGCCAGGACAGGCCAAAGGCCUUGGAUGUAUAAAGAGAAAGGCAGUUGGAGCGAGAUGGAAGAUUGAAAUAAAAGAGGCUGUGAACAAAGGAGGAAUACAAAUUAUUUUCAAAUCAUCUCUACUGACCAGAUAUUUCUUUGUUGUAGCAUUCGGAUGGUUUUCAUUGAACCUUGCCACCUACUCCCUGUACCUAAAUAUGGGAAGCUUUGGCUUCAAUGUUUUCUUGACACAGUUCAUGUUUGGUGCUUUUGAAAUGCUAGCUACUUUACUCUCAAUAUGGCUGUUGGAGGUUUUUGGGAGAAGAAUAUCACUCAUAUCAACACUUCUGACAGGAGGACUCUCUUGUAUGUUCAUCCUGGCUGUUCCUAAAGGAUAUGCCAUUGCUGUUACAUCUUUAGCUGUCGCAGCUCGUUUUUUCCUGAUCUGGUCUGGUCCUGUAUGUGCUGUCUAUAUGCAGGAGUUGUUUCCAACAUCUGUUAGACAAACAGCCAUGGCUUUAGGAUCUCUAGCUGCAAGAACAGGAUCAUUUCUUGCUCCAAUGCUCAACAUGUUGGCCGUGUACCACUGGUCCAUACCCACCGCUGUCUUCAGCAGCUUUACACUGGUCAGUGGAGCUCUUGUCUUCCUGCUUCCUGAGACCAGAAGAAAAGAGCUUCCCGAGUCAGCCGAUGAGGCCGAGAACAAGAGAAAUGUUACCUCCACAACAACAGACUCGAGUCCUAAUCAAGAUUCAACCAAGCUGUAGACCUGUGUCUGAUGGUUUAGUCUUUAAAACUGCGUAAUGCAUUUGCUUUACACUGUAGAUCACUUACUAGGCAUGGGACGAUAGCACAAAUAUUAAUGUCAUGAUUGUCCUGAUUUUGUCCACAAAAUAAUUGUGAUUCAUAAUAUAAUCCGAUCAACAAAAUAUGCUUAAAACUCUAAAUUUGACACUUAAACACACUUAAUAUUUUGUUAGGAAACAAAUAUUUUUAUUGCAUCACAAAUAGGACACCCCUUUUUUCUAAGUGAACAUCCUCUUAGUGAAAAACAAACAAUCGAACAAGGUUAUCAAUCAUAAGGUUUCCCUUCAUAAAUAAAGGAUAAAUACAUUUUAAAAGCAACAUUGUCUGUUCUUUCUU